AUGUCAGAUCUUCCAGAGGAAAUGGUAGAAGAAAUCUUAUCUAGGGUUCCAUUGAAAUCUCAGAGGGCAGUGAGACGUACUUGUAAACCCUGGAAUGCUUUAACGAGGAAACGGAAACAGUUUACAGGGUUCAUGGUGAUAGAUUCUAAGCUUUGUUCAAUGGAAUUCAAUCUCGAUUUCCAACGAUUCCCUGACGGCGACUUCCUUGUAAAGCAAGUAAACACAUUUAACAUAGCCAAGAGUAAGAUCUUCACAGGUCACGUCUGGGGCCUGGACGGUCUGAGCAACGUCUUUCAUCCAUUUAUAGAGCAAGCACAUAGACCUAACCAUGCUGAUGCCGAGAUAUGUGAAGUCUUUCACUGGGACGGUUUGAUCUUUUGUGUCAUCAAAGACGAUAGCUGGCGCUUUGUGUGGAACCCUUACUUGUGCCAAAUCAAGUGGUUCCAAAACAUAGACUUUUUUCACAGAUUCGACUCAUCAGACAUGUAUGCUGUCGGGUACGAGGAUAAGAACAACAACCGUAACCACAAGAUCUUGAGGCUUUUGCGUGAUUCUUACGAAAUCUACGAUUUUAACUCUGACUCAUGGAGGAUUCUCCAUCUCAACCCCGGCUGCAAUAUAAGAAGCGGUUGCGUGUCUCUCAAGGGAAACGCUUACUUUUUAGGGCGAGAAGCAGGGAAAUCAACGGAUGGUUUACUCUGUUUUGAUUUUACAGCAGAGAGGUUUGGAACGCUUCUUGCUCUCCCGUUUGGCUCCAGUCAGAAAACCAUAUCUUGUGUUAGGGAUGAGAAGCUCGCUGUGUCCCAUCAUACCAUGGAAUUUUCAUUGGAGAUUUGGAUCACAACGAAGAUUGAGGUCAAUAUUGCCGCAUCGUCGUGGAGCAGAUUCUUGAGACUGGAAUUCCAUCCGGUUGUUGCUGAUAUGUGUUUCUUCAUCGACGAGGACAAGAAAAUCGCUCUUGUUUCCGGAUCAGGCCACUUUUUUCAAGGUUCUAUCAUUGGCGUUGAUGGAUACUUCAGAACUGUGAAAAUCAGAGAAGCUAGGCAACCACUUGAAUACUGUUAUAACCAACUUGUGUUCUCUUCUUAUGCUCCAAGUUUAGUGGAACUACAACCAUAUUGUCCUGGGAGCAAGAUAUCAGAUUCUUAA